AUGAUAAUUUUAGCGAGGAAAGAGAUAGAAUCUUGUCAUCAACAACAGCGAACACGUGGAAGAUGCACCAUAAAACCCUUGAGGUUGUUAUGGGAGAUUCCGUGUUGCAGAUUAGUAUUAAGAUAUUUGGAGGAGGCUGUUAAUUGUUUAGAGGAUGCAGUUGGUCAAUGGCUGGAUGGCAAUUGGUACCGUACCGUCGCAGUGCCUGCAGCGCUUGGGCUCCGGGGGUGCGAACUCGUCGCCGAGUUGGCGGUGUGGUACCGGCAUGGCCGCGCAUCCCGCGCCCGCACCGACACCACCCUUCACAGUGCGAGGUCGGUCUGCUCCAGGGCGACCGCUCCACAAGCGGCUCGGUUGCCACUGAGCCUGAACAAUCCGCCCGCCCCGGCCGGUAGGCGGCGCCCAUACCCGAUUUAUUUUGGGCAUACGUGA